UCCCUCUCCAUUUCGUUCCCUCUCUCUGCCCCUCGAAAUUUCGUUUCCCCCUCCCUCUCUAUCUGCCUCUCCUAGCCUCCACCCGACCUCUCCCUCUCCGAUUUCACACCCUCCUUCUCCAAUUUGUCUCCUCCUCCCUCUCCCUCUACAUUUCGUAACCCUAAAUCCAUCCCUCUCCAUCCCCAUCUGUCUAGUUCGUAACCCACCCCAAUUCAAAUUGAAGUCUUCAAAAUCUGAAAGGAGCAUCAAGGUUGACUAGUGAUUGGAGUUUUUAACGGAUUCAGAAAAAGAGGUUUUAAUGUGACUGUUGGUCGUGAGCUUCAAAAGCAGCAAUUGGGUCCUUAGUAAGCUGUCUCUCAUGAGCUGAGAUAAACUACAAGAGUGGCAAAAAAAGGUUUCAAGAAUGGCAAAAUUCUAUGACAUUGAUGAUAUUAUUGCGGAUGAAGAGGUUGUCUCGGUUGUGUUUGAAAAGGCAGCAUGUGGAGUGGGAAUUGAUCCAAGUUCUGAAACUGACAGUGUUGAAGUGGGUUCUAAGGUAGAGCUGCCUUUCUGGCUUGCACAUGAGUUGCAACUGAGACAAGCAGUAUCAAUGAAUGUUCCCACUUGUUUCAAUCAAAAAACGAGGUUGGAAAUACAGGCUGAUUCUGCAUGUGUGGAUCUGAGAUCUCGAUGCCCAUUCUUCUAUGAAUUUGGAUGCAAGAUAGCACCACUCGUGGGUGUUAGAACCAUAGGAACUUUGCUCUUAUCUGCGUUUAAGAGCAGGUACAAGGAAGUCCUCACCAAGGCACACACUGCAGCAUUUCCAGCAGCUUCCAAGCAUCUAACAAUUUUGACAAAAGAAGAAACCAAUUUCUUGUUAUGCUUUUGUUAGUGUAUGAGGCGGCUCAAUCCUCAAUGACAGCCUUUAAGAGGUGGCGGAUGGGUGGCCCCAGAUUUCAGAGAGCUUCCGUUCUUGGUAGGAAGAGAAAAUCAACUGAUUAGUUACCAUAUCUUUCUUUAUGAUUAAUCUCCUUCACAAUGGGGGGGCCUUGUCCGUGAGCAUCUGAGAUCUGUGGCCAGAGUUUGUAUACAUGAAUGAAAUAUAAUGUAAGAUGCUAAUUUAACACUUUAGAGAGGAAUAUUUCAUUGAUUAACCGAAGGCCCUGAAGUAGCGUUCGAACAAUAUGAUGUGGUUGCAAUAAAGCGUUGGAGCAAUAUUUGAUCUCCA